CUCUGGAACUAUGGUGCUCCUCUCUACCUUGCUUGCUUUUACUCUUCUAGCCCAAAUCAGGGCUUUUGACUUGGGACAGUCGACCCGUUGCGUUCCUAUACCUCGACAGCUGAGCAUGUGUCACGACGUUGGCUACUCAGAGAUGCGGCUGCCCAACCUCCUUGGUCACAGCAGUUUGGAUGCUGAAGUGGUGCCACGCUCUGGGGCCUGGCGUUCCCUGAUGCAAGCUGGGUGCCACCCUCAGGCCCAGGCCUUCCUUUGCUCUCUUAUCGCUCCAGUCUGCCUAGACACGUUUAUCCAGCCGUGCCGCAGCUUGUGUAUGGCUGUGAAGGACAGCUGUGCCCCAGUCUUGGCUUGCCAUGGGCACUCAUGGCCCGAAACUCUGGACUGUGAUCGGUUCCCUGCUCAGGAGGAAAUGUGUCUUACUCCUCUGCCCAAGCAUAUCAGCAGCUUCUCUAAAGAUCUUCCUCAGCCUAUGUGUCAGACAUGCCCUUCAGUGGAGGAGCUACCUUCUUUGAAAACAGUUAUGGAUGCCGUUUGUCACACCGACUUUGCUGUUAAAGCCAAGCUGACCCGCCGGCGUGUGGCCUCUGCAGAACCAGAGUUUGAGGUGGAUGGAAAGGUGGAGUUCAUUCAGCGCGGCCGGCUCCUGCCUUACGACACCGCAAACCUACUGCAGCAGUGGCUCCUGCUCAACGUGCGCUGUGCGCAUGCGCUGGUUCGCCCCGGCCGCGCGCAACUCUACCUGAUCACGGGCACGAUGCGCGCGGACGGCACUGUGGAGCUGGUGCAUCUUUUUCCCUGGCUGAAGAAGGAUGUUCACAUAGCCUCGGGCACGCGCAAAUGGAAGCACCACAAGUGCUAAAGACAUUACAAAUACAGAUUUCUUCUAUAUAAAAGCUGGUGCUAUGCAGAGUUCUAUAACCUCGGAAUGUACAGAAAAUCCAUUUAAAGAAACUGUGUGUAAAACAUGCCAGCGUUUAAAGUUGGAGGUCUAGAUCCUUAUGUAGAGCCUUCAUUUUUCAGCACAUGAAAUCUAAUGCACUCCAAUUAUUUGUAUAUAAGUAGUCUAGAGUCAAAUGACUUGUAAAAAGAUAAUAUUUUAUUUGUGUAUUUAUGUGUGUUUUU